AUGGCGCCACACAAGCCCUUGUUCUUCAGGUUCUGCUUUCACGACUGCGCCUUCUUGGGCCACCUGUACGACCCUUGCUUCGUCCAGUGGUAUAACUUCGACUUCCCCCGCUUAGAAAAGAGCAUCUGGCGCACGUCCUCCUCCGGUGGCCUGGUUUGCUUGAUGAACACCAAUGACGGAGAUCGCUUAUUGGUCGGCAAUCCCAUCAAGAGAGACUGGAAGUUGCUUCCUCGAGUUCCCGGCGGCUCCUCCCCCCAGUUCAACGCGCUCGCCUUGUCGUUCGACCGCCUCACGCGCGACUACACCGUGGUCUCCUCGUCUAUGGAUCUGGUGGCCCCAAUCGCCGUGCUCCUCGUCGCCGCGGCGGUGACCUUGGGGACGGAGGCCUCGAUCCACGCCUACGACCUCGAGCCCUUCAGGGAGGUAGGGAACGCGCUCCUCCUCUCCGGCGGCAGCGAGGGCAUCGUCGCGUCCCGCCUCGACGCCCUUGGUCCCCUACGGAUCGGAGAUGGUCGGGCUUACAUCAAUUUCAACACCAUUGCUUCCACAAUGCGGGGGGCCUCCACCGGAAUCGUCUACGGCAGCCUCAAGUACCAGGCCCGAUGCAUUGCCGACGUUAAGGCCGACGUUGACCACACCAACUUCCUCGCCGGAACUCUCAGCCUCAAAGAGGAAAACGAGGUGCAUCUGAUCCGACUUUCGCCGUCAGGAUCGGAGCUCAUAUGCGAUGGUCUCUUCUAUCACCCAAACGAGAUCUGGGAUCUCAAGACUUGCCCAUUCGAUCCCAGGAUUUUCUCUACAGUGUUCACUUCUGGUGAAGCAUAUGGGGCUUCUGUUUGGAAGAUUCCUGAGCUCUAUGGACAGUCGAAUGCCCCACAACUCGAACAAUUGGUCUCCCUUGACAAGCAUUCUUUUAAGAUCAAGUGCGUCCUUUGGUGGCCAUCUGGGAAGCAUGAUAGACUAAUCAGCAUUGAUGAAGGAAAUCUUUUCCUUUGGAGUAUAGAUUCGUCCAAUAAAGUAGCCAAGGUAAGCUCCUUAAAGAACCUUCUAUUAUCUUUAGAAAGACUAAUGGUUGUGCUAUUAGGUUCCUUUGUGAUAUGA